CUCUUGUCUCAGCACUCCCUCUUUCCCUUUCUUCUCUUCAUUUCUUUCGCUUGCAAACAUGUACAGAUUGUUUGCCAGUGCUGCUUUGGUCGCUACAGCUUCCGCUGUGACUACAAACUACACAUCAACUGUGGACCCUACAAAAAUUAAUAUUCCUAACACACCACAGACAACCUCAUACGAUGUCGCCACGGAAUGUACCUAUUAUGCACCUCCCGUGCCUAUUUUGCCUACCGACUGGCCCAACAACUGGCAGGUUGCUACCUCUAACGGUAUGAACACCAGUGCUGAAUACACAACUUUGUAUAAUUCCAUCAACUGGAACAAUGCCCCAAAGAUCAACCCUCGCACUAUGGGUGCUGAUGGUGCACUUGUUACGACUGGAUAUGACACUGUCAACGAUCCUGACUGUUGGUGGACUGCUACUCAAUGUGUCAAUCCCAAGGCUGCUGGCGUGUUGAAAGAUAUUUCAGCUUGCCCUGAACCAGAAACUUGGGGCUUGACGUAUGAUGAUGGUCCUAACUGCUCUCACAAUGCCUUUUAUGACUUUUUGCAACAACAAAACUUGAAGGCUAGUAUGUUCUACAUCGGCUCUAAUGUCAUGAACUGGCCUUACGGAGCUCAACGUGGUGUCAAGGAUGGUCAUCACAUCUCUGUUCAUACCUGGUCCCACCCUAUGAUGACCACUCUUUCCAACCAAGCCGUUCUUGCUGAACUUUACUAUGCUACCAAGAUGAUCAAGUACGUUACCGGUCUUACUCCUCUCUACUGGCGCCCACCGCUUGGUGAUGUUGAUGAUCGUGUUCGUUGGAUCGCUUCUCAACUCAACUUGACAGCCAUCAUCUGGAACUUGGAUACCGAUGACUGGGCUGCUGGUACCACCGUCACUGUCCAACAGGUUCAGCAAAACUACCAAAACUUCAUUCAAGACGGUACCAAUGGCACCUUUGCUUCCAAAGGUAACAUUGUUCUUUCUCACGAAAUCAACAAUAUGACCAUGGAUUUUGCCAUCCAAAACAUCCCUAACAUCAAGAAGGCUUACAAGAACGUUCUCGACGUUGCUACCUGCAUGAACAUUACCUACCCAUAUGUUGAGACGACUGUCAGCUUCGCUUCCUUUGGAGGUGGCAGUAGCAGCUCCAAUGGAUCCGUCUCUCCUGGUGGCAGCGGCUCUAGCUCCACUAGUAAAAGUGCCGCUUCUGGCACUCAGGCCAAUGCUGCUCUCGCCAUUGCCGCCGCUUUUGCCGUUGUUGCUUUCUUGUAAUUGAACUGAACGUUCAGCGCAAAAUGAAGACGUAGUAUAUUUUACACUGGGACAAAAAGUGGUAUUUUUUUUAUAUAUUAUUUUAGACCCAUGAUUACGACUUGUGUGCUUCCUAAGCCCAACAAGUAAUAUUCUUUACAUUUUUCAAACCUCCACCCUUCCUUAUUCUAUCCCCUCGACAUAGCUCCUACGUAGUCUCCCCAAAAUUCACUUAUAACUGUGUAUAUCAAAGAUUUUUAUAAAGAAAUCGCCACCUUUCAUAUUGUCCAUAGAACCAGGGAAUGAUGACCAACC